CUUCUAUCCAUUCCUAUCAACUCUCAUCCUCUAUGCAUUUCUAUUCCAUCUCUAACCAUUUUGCUCCGCCGCAUUUGUGAUCCCUCGCCGGAAUCUUCAUCCACUGUCUCUUUCUCCGACCUCCUACCUCCUACCUCGCACAUAAACAUUUUCAGAUCAAACUACAGUCUCAUCUUCUUUCUGUCUAUGCCCCAAAGCUUCCAUUUAAUCGCUCCUUAGCCGGAAAAUUAUAAAAAACUUGAAAAGCAUGUAACUUUGGUUAAACCAAGCUCUCUUAGCUUCUCCAUCCCCAUUAAAAAAAAAAAAAAAAACCCAAAAAAAAAAAAUCACUUUCUUGAUUCUGCUUUUUGUUUAUAGUAAACUUAGUUGAUUGAAGGUAGCUAGCUAGAACCUAGAGGCUAAGAAAUGCCGGACUGCGAAGAUGGGACUCUGACGGCAGCAUCGGCGCCGGCCACUCCGGGCACGCCGACACCGCUUUUCACGUCGUUCCGGGUGGACUCGCUGUCUUACGACCGGAAGUCAAUGCCGCGGUGCAACAAGUGCCUACCUUUGGACGUUCCGACGUUGGGGACACCCCACACAUGUCUCACCGACUGGCCGGCGCCGGAUGUCUCGCUCACCCGCAAGCUUGGAGCAGAGUUCGUAGGGACGUUCAUCCUGAUAUUUGCAGCGACGGCCGGACCCAUUGUGAACCAAAAGUACAACGGCGUAGAGACCUUAAUUGGGAACGCCGCCUGUGCGGGACUGGCAGUUAUGAUUGUGAUUCUAUCCACCGGUCAUAUUUCUGGAGCUCAUCUCAACCCUUCCCUCACCAUUGCCUUUGCGGCGUUUCGUCACUUCCCAUGGGCUCAGGUCCCCGCCUAUAUUUUAGCCCAAGUCUCCGCAUCCAUCUGCGCUUCCUUCUGUCUCAAGGCGGUCUUUCACCCCAUCAUGUCCGGCGGCGUCACAGUUCCGUCUGUCAACCUCGGCCAAGCUUUCGGCCUUGAAUUCCUUAUAACUUUUAAUCUCCUCUUCGUUGUCACCGCCGUUGCUACUGAUACCCGCGCGGUUGGAGAGUUGGCUGGCAUAGCCGUAGGAGCUACGGUCAUGCUUAACAUUCUUGUGGCCGGGCCAUCUAGCGGUGGGUCCAUGAAUCCUGUGCGGACGCUAGGCCCGGCGGUGGCAGCCGGAAACUACGAUUCAAUAUGGAUAUACUUGGUUGCGCCGACGCUUGGUGCCCUCGCCGGAGCAGCUGCUUACACAGUUGUGAAGCUGCAAGAAGGGGAGGUUGAUGAGCCAUUGCGCCAGCACCGGAGCUUCCGCCGUUAGAGACGAAACCAAUAUCAUGUGUGCAGUGGGUGUGGGUGUGGGUGUGAUGACGAUGACGUUCUGGUAAAGGUGUUUAAUUUGCUCUCCAUUUUCAUGCAUGUUGCGCCAUUGCGGGCGUUGUGAUAUAUACAUCUGAUCUUGGGAAGAAACCGCCAUGUUUUAUGCUUUCUUGGUUAGUUACUUCUUGUUUUGCUUUAAUUUACAGUUUGUCAAUAAUAAAUGCUUGCUAAGACAUCAUGUGCACUGUAAUUUAUAUAUUUGGAUAUGAAUUAUAUUCCGUUUGCCAA